AUGGUACCAGCAGCUGGCAAUCUUCCUAAGCCUCUUAUUCAUUUGCAGUUAGGAAACCACACAAAACGGUUGCAGGUGUUAUUACAAGUGGGUGCCGUGUCUGACAAACAACUGAAUACUACCGGUAGUAGUCUGUUGUUCUACAACUACUCUCUGCCAACAGACCCUCAGCCUUCCAUUCACUUGAUGCAUAUUGGAAAAACGGGCGGGACAACACUCCGCGACAACGUCAUCAAGUGGAACAAUUGUUCCUUCGGGGGUCCCAAGAAAAAACAGCGCUGCCUGGAAAUUUUCAAUGGAGUGGAAGAAUCUACCAUUUCCAGGUAUAUCAAGGGGAUCACUCACUACCAAAGAACCUUUGGCAAACAUCUCUCUUCCGAGGAUGUACUGCUCUUUGUUGUCCGAGCUCCCAUUGAUCGGUUCAUCAGCUGGUGGGGGCAAAAUGUUCCUAUGUGUGUGGAGCAUCGAAACAAGUGCAGAAAACGAAGCAAACUCUUUUAUCAGCACGUCCAAAAAUUCUAUUUCAAAUGUUUUCCCUCGCUCCAAUCCUUCACCCAAGCAUUGAACCCCAGCUACAACCCUGUCAAGGCACAAAGUGUUUCUGAUUCACUUCCUGACUACUCGGACUGCAACCAACUACUACAGGAGGCAUUCAAAACUGUGGGAAUGACUGAUUCUUAUGGACACUUGACGGCUUGA